CGACCCCUCCGGGAUUGGGGGCAGGGCGGCCUCCGCGGCUAUCCCGGGAGUCCCGCUCCGACACCGCCUCCCCUGGGGAAGCCGCUCGCAGAGAGGCAGGGACCCAGGCAAGGGAUGCGGGCAAACAAGCCAAGGGCUCGGCAGAGGGGCGUGACCGCCAGUUGGCCGGGCUGAGCGAGGUGCCAGAGGGAAGCCCGCAAGGUACGUCUGCGAGAGCCGGGUGCGGACGCGGCAGGGGGGAAGGGGGGCGCUCGCUCUCUUACCGCCAGGUCCGGAUUGCGGCUGUCCCUGUGUGACACGGCUCGGAUGACCCCCGCUCGCCAGCCGCGUCCGCUCUCCCAGCGCUCCGGACGCGCCUCGUCGCUGACCGCCACACACAGGAACCGCUUCCCCACCAGCUCCGGCCGCGUCUCCACCGCCAUAGCCGUCGCUGCCGAAGCGACCGCUGCCUCCUCCAGUGCGAGGGAACCGGUGAAACCUCGCUCCUACCGGCCGCUCAUGCUGAGGAGAGCGAACCGGGGCACGGCAGCGGCCCCGAACGAGCGCAGACUCGGGGCGCACUGGCCGCUCUGCCCCGGACACAGCGACCUCGGUCCCUCCCCCAAACACUCCUCUGGAAUCCCAGAUUCGCAGCGUUGGGCUGCAGCGCCACACAAGAAAACUGAGAGAAAACCCAACACGGCCGUCGAACACCCAGAGGCAGCCCAGCCGCCGCCACCGCACCGCGGCCAGUACUGCUCCGUCUCCGUCCCCGGGCAGCGGCGACGCGCAGCGCGUCUCCUUCCGCCGGCGCGGGCGGGGCAGGAGCCGCGGGAGGGUCGGCGGAACCACCGCAGACGGAAAGUAGUGCCCAGCCUUGCGGAGGCGGCGGCCGCCACGGGGUCCUCCGAGAUCCAGAGGUGGCGGCGGCGGCAGACCAAGAAAUGAAGCCGGCCGCGGGGAAGUAGGCGACAGCUAUUCAAAGCUUUUGGGGGUCUACCUGUGUAUUCGUUGCUCCCUCAGAAGUGGAGGUGAGGGGAAAGUGAAGUGUAGUGGUUCCACUUUGAUCACAAAAUAAACUCCAGGGUUGACGCCUCACCCCCGGCGCGAUGUUCAGAGCACACGGCGCCCGCCGCCUGAGUUAGCCUGAAUUAGCAGUACCGCAGUACCAGCAGCAGAGCAGGACAACACUUCUACUGAAAACUAAGCCCCAAAGUCACAGCAGAACCAACCGUUCAUGACUUCAAGGGAAAACGAAGGGGAAAAUAUCAUCCUUUUCUUUUGUAGCGAUACUAAUUACAUGUUUAAGCUAUUCAGAGAUUUAAA